CAAAUUUCUACUUCAUCAUGGACGGCUUCGAGAAAAAGACGCUCAAGACCUCGAGAGGCUUCACUUACACUUACUACACGUCUCCUGGCGAUGCCUCGCUUCCAACCCUCCUCUUCCAACAUGGCUGGCCCGACCACGCCGCCAUGUGGCAGAAAAUCGCUCGCCCACUGCAGUCGACCAAGCACCCCAUCAUCAUCCCCGACAUGCUAGGCUACGGCGGAACCGACAAGCCCAGCGACCCGGCAGCCUACAGCUUCGGGCUGAUGACCAAGGACAUGACUGAGAUUCUCGACGCCGAAUCCGUCCCGAAAUGCAUUUCCAUCGGCCACGACUGGGGCUCCACGGCCGCCACGCGCCUCGCGCAGUACCACCCCGAGCGCGUAGCCGGCAUCGUCAACAUCAACGUGCCGUACUCGCCGCUCGUACGCGAAUCCUUUGACCUGGACGCCUUCAACGCCUUCACCAAGCAAGUCUUUGGCUACGGCCUAUGGACCUACUGGUACUUUUUCACCGCGCCCGACGCCCCCGCCGUGCUGAAAAGCGAUCUCGACCGCCUCUUCACCAUCCUGCACAGCUCCGGCACCGCCAUGAAGAGCUUCUUCUGCGAGGACGGCGUCAUGCGCGAUGCCCUCGAGCACAAGACGAAUCCCGAUAUCCCUAUUCGCGCGUACGGCGAGGAUCCCGCGCUGCGCAAGGCUUUCAUCGAUCGCAUGACGCGCGAUGGCUUCGAGGGACCCCUAUGCUGGUACAGGGCCAUGGUCACCAACGUCCAGUAUCAGAGCGACUCCACGCUGCCGGCAGGCAGAGAGCUCAUCAACGUGCCUGCACUGUACUUUGGCGGCUCGCAGGACCCCGUGUGCAGACCGGAAAUGAUGAAGCAGGCUGUAGACGCGGGAUUGCUGCCGCACUUGGAGCAUGCGGGCAUGAUGGAUGCGGGACACUGGACCGUGUACGAGAAGCCGGGCGAGUGUGUGCAGAAGAUUGAGGCGUGGCUGAAGAAGAACUAUGCAAAGUAAAUAGUAAGAUGUGGAAUGGGAUGUAUCCAGCACGAAAGAAAAGAAAAAGUGUGAUUAAGUAAAAGAUCAUGGUAGGACUCUAACUUCAUAUGAGCGUG